AUGCGCAUCGAUCCCUACAGGGACAGCUCGUUUUCCACGAUUGACGACACUCUGCACAACGCGAUCCGUAACAAGAUAUCGCCCGGAUAUGGAGGUAAAGACGUGGACGAUGUUCACCAGCUCAUCGACGAGCAGGUCAAGAACCUAAUCACCCUGAUUGGCAACCAGCUCUCCAACAGCAGGGACGCCGGUGUCAUCGACCUGGCCGAGAAAAUCCAGUAUUUCUCGCUCGACGUCAUCUCUUCGCUCGCCUUUGGAAAGACGUUUGGGUACAUGGAGCUCAACCAAGACAAGUUUGGCUACAUCGAAAUGGCCGGCAAGACCGUCUAUAUCCUCGUCUCCACCACGCUGAUACCGGGAGUCAUCUCCACGAUACAGUCGCCGUAUCUUCGCUGGUUCGUGCCCAGCGUCAAGGACAUGGGCGGCAUAGGUGACAUCAUUCGCUUCGCCGAAGAUGUCGUUGCGCAGCGUUUCGGCAAUAAGCCUGUUGUGAAACGGGACAUGUUGGGGUCUCUGGUGGCGCACGGCCUCAGCCAGAAGGAAACUGAGUGCGAGGCCUUGGUCCAGAUGAUUGCCGGCUCGGACACAACUGCUACAGCUAUCCGGUCGACCAUCUUGUUCAUCAUCACGUCGCCGCAUGUCUAUGUUCGGCUUCAGAACGAGAUCGACGCAGCAGCAAAGGAAGGGCGCAUCUCAUCGCCAAUCACCCACGCAGAGGCCCAGGCUUUCGAAUACCUGCAGGCCGUUAUCCUCGAGGGACUGCGGCUCUGGCCGCCCGCGGCCGCGCUGUAUCCCAAAGUUUGCAAGACGGACCAGAUCGUGUGCGGCGUCACCAUUCCAGCCGGCACCAACGUGGCGUGGUCGCCGUGGACCAUAAUGCGCAACAGGGACGUCUUCGGAGAGGAUGCAGAUGUUUUCCGCCCAGACCGCUGGCUGGGUUCCCACAAGACGAAGCAAAUGGAACAGACCGUCAUGAUGGCCUUUGCUGGUGGCAGCAGGUGGGAGUGUCUUGGCAAGAACAUUGCCAUGAUUGAGCUCAACAAAGUCUUUGUCGAGCUUUUCCGGCGAUUUGACUUUACGCUGGUAGAUCCGACGAAUCCUUGGAAGUCGUUCAACGCGGGCCUGUUCACCCAGAGCGAUCUCAACGUGCAAGUUGCAUGGCGACCGAACCCCUCAUAA